AAAUGAAAAAGAUGGUAACCAAAACCCCAGAACUUUUUUAUAGUAUCUUUGGGGUCACGUGUUCAACGAUGAAUUCUAUGAUUUAUUUGUUGAAUGUUCAUUUUUCACAAAGACUAUUAUUGUAAAAUUGUAUUUGUGUAAUCGGUGCGGCGUCAUCUUGUGACGAAUAUUUUAUUAUUUAUUAUUUUUAUUCUUAACGAUUUAAACUGUUUUAAAUUUUGUCGUUAAUUGUGGAUAAAUCUAAUUUUUCCAUUUAUAUCAGAAAUAUUUUCCCAAAUAUGAUGGAUACCUAUAGUUUAUUAUUGCCUAUAUUUUAAAUUUUGCCCUAAACAGGUAAUUUUCCAUUACGCUGUAAUAAAUUUACUCCAGGUAUUUAGAAUAGUAUCGGUGUCUAAAUACAUUUAUUAGUAAGUAUCUACUAUUACUAAUAACAGAUAUAAGUUAUUAAUAUUGUUUUAACUUACUACAUAUUAUUAUAAAUAUUUAUUAUAUUAAAUAAGGUUCAAAAAAAUAAGUAUUGGGUAUCUUUUCUAUGAUAUAUGUAAAUAGCUUUAUAUAAACCUACGUCAUUGGUAUAAUUAUUAUUUAAUUACUUGUGUACUAACAUUAUUUAAAAACUUAAGAAAUUUGGAUUGUUUUAAAAUAACUAAUUUAACUGAUACUUAAUUACCUACCUAGGUACUAAAAAAUAAUUUUAAUACUUCUACCGGUAAUUGUUACCUAUAUUUUCUAUUUUUAAUAGUAUUUAUAAUGCCUAUAAGUAGGUACCUAAUAUAAGUACAUAAUUUUUUAAAUAUUGUCAAUAUUAUCAUCAACAUCUAAUUAUAAAUAAUACAAAUGUGUAAUAUUAUUAUUUUUAUUUACUUAAGUAGUUUAAUAUUAUAUUAAAUUCAUAAGUAGGUAUGUAUCUAUUUAUUUUAUAAUUAUUUUUAAUAAUACAGUUUUUAUAUUGUAUUUGGAUGGAUAAUUUUCUGAACACUGCUUCAAAGUUUUAGUUUAGGUAUUAAUUAGGCAAGUAUGUUAAGAUCACACAGUAUAUCUUAGUUUCGGUUCUAGGCAUAGAUGCAGAUUUUAUUGUGUACAUUUUUUAGAUUUUUUCUUUGAUUUUUAAUGGUCAUUGAUGACCAUUAUUGCAACUCACCCUUGCUUCAAUCUAUCCCUAUUCUGAGCUAAUAAUUCUCUGCCUUUUAUUUCAAUUGAAAUUAGAUUCUACCUGACUGUCUAUCUACCUUUGUUUUGUCUUACCUAGUGGUUGUUUGCCAUUGAGUUUCCAUUUAAGAAUAUGUUUUAUUAUUCCGCCAGAUUAUCAUGUGUGAACCGCCCUUGUAAUUCUUUUGCAUUUUAGUACUGCUCCUAUAUUUGGUUCCUUCAAUAAUUAUCAUGAUACCACAUUACUCCUUAUUUCAUAUUGAUGAAUGAAAUUCUUUUUUAGUCCAUAUAUUUAUCAAGGUUUAUGUACCUAUUUUAUUAAUGUUGAUAUAUAUAUAUAUUAGGGUGCUAGUUAUUUAUAUAGUAAAAAUAUUUUUAUUCAAAUUUUAAAGAAUAUUGGCCAAAAAUUUAUUUCAAUACACUUAAAAAUAAGUUUUCUAAAUUUUAAGCUCAAUUAAAAAUAUUUAACAGGUACUGACUUAGGCUCAAAGUUCUAUGAAAAAGGAUAAAAUUGUAAUUUUUAACUUAUACUUGGUCAAUUUUUAAAUUAACGAAAAAAUCUUAUAGAACCAUUAUUGUAAAUCUAGUAAUUAUACACAAACAAGUAUCGUAAGGAAUAUUUUCGUUAUGCUAACUCUUUCUUGUGAAUUAAAGAAAAAUAUACAGAAUAUAUCUUUAAAUUAUUAAGAUACCUUUCUAACUAUUAUUUUAGUUCUGUGUGUUUUCUUAAAAUAUUUCUAAUAUUUUUUCAAAAUAAUAACUCUUUCUUCUAAAAUUAUUAAAAAUCAAUUUUCAAAUUUUUAAAUUAAAAAAAAAAAAAAGGACAAAUUAUGUACUUAUUUUAUUUUGUAAUAGAAAAAAAAAUAUUAUAAAAAUAUAACUUAUACUUUAUUAAAAUAUUUUUUUAAGUACAUAAGAUAUUUUCGUCAAUUGAAAAAUUGACCAAGUAUAAGCCAAAUAAUUACAAUUUUACCUUUUUUCAUAGACUUAUUUUUAGAUGUAUUGAAACAAAUUUCCAGCCAGUACUACUUAAAUUUUACAACUUCACAAUUAACUGGCACCCUAAUAUGUAUACAUAAUUUAAUUAUUAUUUUACUUACUUUUACCUAACUUUUGUUAGCUAUGGUUAAACAUUAUACAGAUAUACAUUCAAUUUUCCUUCUAUUACCUUCCCAAAUUCUCACCUUUAACAGUUGGCCACCCAUGUGCGAAGUAUGUCCAUCUUUUUCAUCUAUGGUGCCUUGAAAAGAAAAUGUUUCAAAGACUCCUGGCAUACCAGGCCAAUACUGGGUAUACCUAUUAUAAAAAAAACCUUGUUAAAAACAUUAAAAUACAAGAUAUUUCAUUUAUUAAGGAGCUUAUUUUGGCUCCGAUAGUUGGGAGAUAAAAAUUAAUUUUUGAAUUAUUGUUACUAGGUAGGUCCUAAACCUAUUAUACAUUUUUAACUUUAUUUUUACAGACAAUAUGGAAAAAAUAGUCAAGAUUUUUGUCCACCAAAGUUAUUUCCUAGAAAAUGAUUUAGUUGUUGACUAUAAUGUGGAACCUGGAGUAAUGCUAGUCUAACAAUCUUAAUGUACAAUUUUUAAAAUCGCUAAACUAAAAUUAAUUUUAGGCCCAUUUAAAUGUAUCAUCUAAAGAUUGGAUAGCACUUAUACCUAAAGGAUGGUCUGGAGUAGAUGAACAAGUGGUUUUUAAAAUGGUCAAAAUUGAUAGUGAUGUAGCAAAUUUAGCAAUUAAAUCUGUCAUUAUGGAAAAGAAUUGUUUUCAGAAUGUUGUGGAAUGUGAAAAACCGUAUCAACUUAUGUAUAUUAGUCAAUAUUUAGAGGUGAGAAUUUAAUUAUAUUUGUAUAUUAUUAUUAUGUUAUAGAAUUAUUCAAUUUAUAUCUGUUUAAUAUUUACAGAUAUUAGGCAGAAGUGAGUAUUUUACAUUUCUUCAUCAAUCUGGUAUUUGUAAUUGUCCGUCAUCCUUAACAAAAACAGAAAGUAAAGAAAAUUCUAGGCAAUUUAGAACUGUAAGUAUACACAUAAAUAUAGGUAUCACAAAAAUGAAUAUACCCACUAUAAAACCUGCCUAUAAUGGAUACUUAUAGGUUCAUCAAAAAUGGCCUUAUAGUGAAAUGCAUAGGUACAUAUUUAAAGAAAAUGUUGUAUUUAAAUGUAUUAUAAUUUAUUUUUAACACAGGUCUAUAUUCCUAUUUAAAUAUAGGUACAUGAUUAUUUUUCAAAGUUGAAAGUACAUAGAUAUUAUUUUAUACAUUUUUGUGUUACAUACACGCAAAUAAACAAUUAAUUUUCUUCAAUAAAAAAUAGAAUUGAUGUUAGUUUUGGUUUCGUCAGCAUAUUUUGUCACUAAUUUUGAAAUGUUUGAUUGUCACUCAUUCAUAAUUGUAAUAAAUAUUAAUUCUCCACAAAUUGUUUUAAAAACAAUUUUAUGUUGAGCCUUUGAAGUACUGCAUUCAUCCAUUUGACAUUUUAAAACUAUUACCACUCUAUUUGAUUAGCAACUUCCAAUGGUUUUUUUUGAAGCAUUUGUCCACUUACAGGUACAUUCUUAUUUAUAACACGGACAAAUUAUUAUAAAAUAAUUUUAUCAAUCAACUCACUUUGCUCAUUCCUCUGAAAUCAUUGAGAUUUUUCAUUUCUAAUAAUCUUAUUGUCCUAUGUAAAAUCGCUUCUUUAUUAUUCAAAAUUUCGGCAACUUUGUUAUCCCAAUUUAAAAUUGUUCAGUGUGUUUACAUGUUUUAAAUUGAUUGAUUUCCAGAGUACAGGAGGUGAAAAGAAGCUACUCAAUAAUUUAAUAAUAUGGUUUUCUGGUUAUAAUAGAAUAAUAGGAUAUAAUAUUUUAUCUAUAUAGACUAUGCAAUAAAUAUUAUCGUUCUCGGCAAUAUUAAAGUGUAAAGUAAAAUUUUUUUUAUUACAUUUUCCUUUUUUAACUGUAAAAUUGUUAUCUUGUUAUUUUGCCAACGAGGAGAAAUAUUACAUAGAUAGGUUGAAACUUAAAAUACUUAUCUUUUUACUUAGUAUUCAUUAUUUACUUGUUAAGAUAGAUUCCUCUCUCUCUCUCUUUCUAUAUGUAUAUAUAUCUACAUAUAUAAUAAUUAUUAUAAUUUACACAAGUGUUAGGUAGGGAUGGAGUGGGGACCAAAUUCAUGUUGGUAGAUUAAAAUUUACCCAGGCCACCCAAUAUAAUGUAUACCUACUAAUAAAAAUUUGUUCGCAUUUUAAUUUGAAUUAGUGGUAAAACCAAGAUUUUGAACUAUGGUGAGUUAAAUACGUUUUUUUUUAAAUUGAGAUAAAAGCGAACUAAGCGAGGAUUAGAUUUGAGGGGUUUUGACACAUCAAGAAAUGUAUAAAAGUGAUCUCAUCAAUGUAUGUACAUUUUAAUGUAAUACUUAAACAAAAAUGUAUUUAAAAAAAAACUUAAUAGGUAUUCAAAUAAGAAUAUAAUAUGUGUUAUGGUAUACAUUUUUACUGAGUUUCUGAAUUAUGCAAGUAUAAAGUAAAAUCUUAGUCCUUUAAAGUAGAUAGUGAUAUUAAUUAAUAUUAUAUUACAUUUUAAAUUUUACUAGUUUAUAACCUAUUAAAAAUAAUAUUUUGACAUUUUGACAAAAAAAACAUAUUAAUUUAUUGCAUUUUCAAACAAAUCUAAAAUAUGUUUUAUAUCUUUUACUUGUUGAGCCAACUUAUAAAUAGGUUCCAUUUCUUUAGAAAGUUCUUCACAUUUAGCCAUUAAUUGAUACAUAGAUUUUAUAUUGGCAUCAAUGGAAUCACAUGUUUUACAAACGACAUCUCUAUAUAUUUCUAAACAUUCAACAGUUAAUGCAGACAUAUUAUGUAAUACACCUGAAAGAGAUUCAGAUAAUGUAUCUACGGAAGCAGCAAUAUUUCUAGCUUCAAACUCUAGAUCAUUCAGCAAAUUUGCAUCCAGAAUAAAUCUUCCUAAAGGUCUAACAGGCAUUGUCGGGCUUGUCUGUUUGAGUUUGCUUUCCAAAUCUUCAGCAACAAAUGUUACCAUGUCUCCAUUUUUAGUGACUACGCCUUCAAGGUUGUUUAAAAAAUCCAUUUCUUUAGAUUCUCAAUAUUUCAUCUGAAAUAAAUAAUUAAUAAUAUAUUAAAUUGCAAUUAGAUAGUUAACAAAUAUGUUUGUACCUAACUAUUAUCAAUAUAUUAAAAGAAAAUUAGUAACCAUAUUAAUCUAUCAAACCAAAAACAUAAAGGUAUGUUUGGUCAUAGAAUUGGAAUACUUUUGUAUUUUUUUGGUUAUUUAAUUAUUUCUAUUACACAAAUUUAAAUGCACCUAUACAUUCCAUUAAUCUUAAACUAUAAAAUUUUAUGUAUUUAUGUUCUUUAACUUUGUUGUCAGUCGGUCUUUAACCGUAAACCACUUCGUAGACAAUCACCGACACCACGUGAAUUUUACAAAAAUCGACCUCAAUCACAAAAUACUGGAGAAAAGGAUGAUAAAUUAAAAUCAAAACCAUUAUCUAUAAAUAACUGUAUUAAAUGUAAUGCCCCAAGCAAUUUUAUAGUACUUGAACAUGCAUAUCUUUCAAAAGUAUAAACAAUUAUUAUCUAUUUAAUGGUAGAACAAACUAAUUUUAUAUUUAUUUAGAUUCAAGAGUUAACAGUAAAUAAUGAAAUUAUGGAAAAACGUUUAUUACAAAUAGAAAAAGAUUUGGUGCAUACAUUCGAAAUAGUUAAUAAACAAUUUAAAAUAAGCCAAGUAAUUUCUCAACAAAAAGAUAAUAUUGAACAAUUUGUUGACGAUAUAGUUCAUGGCUUAUUGAAUGAUGGCAAAAUAACUUUUUGGGCCCAUGCUCAAGAAGUAAAUACUGAUUAUUUUUUACUUAAGAAAUUAUAUUUGAAAUAAUAGUAAUAAAUUAUAAGUUAACAUAAUUUGUAUAUUUUUUUUAUAAUUUAGUUUUCAGUGGUUAGAGAAUUCCCAGGUAAAAACCGAACCUCUCUUCCACCAGAUGAUUGUACUACAGUGUCGGUUAAUAUGUCAAUAAAUUCAUCUAAAGAAGCACAUAUGAAAGCUAUAAUUGGUCAACAAGAACAAACUAUUCAACUUCUUGUCAAUAAAAUAAGGGACUCUUUUGAUAUUUUUUUCAAAGUAUUUAAUAUUAUAAAAUGUACAAAUUUUAAAACAGCCAAAUUUAAUAACUAAUUAUGAAUACAAUUAUUUUAGGCUAAUAUACCAUCUGAACAAAAUAGUUCAAUUUUAACUUCGCCUAGAAAUAAAAUGAGUAAUUUAGGUUACAUGGACAGCUCAGGAACUACAUAUUUUUCUCCUUUGGGAUGUAUUACUGAUACAAAUUUAUAUCAUCCACAGGAUAUGGAUACGGUGGAUGAUAUAAAUUUGUAUUUAUCAAAUAAUAUUAAACAUAACAAUACUAUUGAAAAAAAAUUUGGAAAUGUUUGUAAAUGGAGAAAAAACAUUACUUCUAAUAGUGAAUUCUUUAAUAGUCCGGUAAGCAAAAUUCAUAGUAUUGUUUUAUAAUUUAUAUAUUAUACUACAAAUUAAUGUUUUAAUUUAACUUUAAAUUUAAACCAAAUUAGUUAAUUAUUUUAAUUAAUCAUUAAUUAUUUUAGGAAUUUAAAGUGAUAACUAUGUCAAACAAAGAAGCCAAAGAUGAAAUAUCAACUCUUGAAGAAUUGAAAGACAAUGAUAAUUCAAUAUACCCGUUAUAUUCACAAUUGUCGGAAUUCAGUGAAAACUGUUCGAAUGAAUUGUUGGAUAGUAAUGAAAUGAAAAAAAAUUAUGAUUCAGAAAGAAGUAAAGAUUUUGUUUAAGUAAAUUUAUUAUUUUGGUACCUAUUAGUAUCAAAAUAAUUUUGAAUUAUAAUAUCAUUCAAUAAACCUAUAUAUUUGUAUGAAUAUUAUGUGGGUACAAAAUUACUUACAUUUAUAUCUUUGAAAAUGAUUUUACUAUUCAGUAUUCUAGUGAUAAAAUUGUAUGAAAUAUUUAUCAAUGAAAAGUGUGAAUUCUCUGUGUUUUGAUACCUAGAUUUAAUAACAUUUUACCAAAUAAUAUUAUUUCUUCCUACAAGUUUAAUUGUUUUCUUAAAUUUAAAAGUAUUAGAUAGUGUAGUAUAUAAAUAUAUAAAUGCACACAGAUAUAUUAGAUAUAUUCAUUAUUAUAUACUAGCUGUCUAUCAUGGCUUUGUCAGUGCAAUAAAUGCUUAUAUUUAUGUUAUGUUAGGUUACUACAGGCUAAUAAUAAAAAUUGUUAUUGUCGUUUUUCUUCCCAUUUUAACCCAGACUUAGAACUCCGCAAGUUACUGUUAAAAACUUUUUAGCUUUUUAUUUAGCUACCCAGUGAUAGUUUAAUCGUCGUUAGGUUAAGUUUACUACUUCCACUGGCAGAUCAAGAAUUUGAAUACUUUAAAACUUUCUCUAGACAAUGCAGAUAAUGUUGCGAAUAACCAAAAAAAAAUUGGUCUUGUAUUUUAGAGAACAUGCAUGACUUUUUCCAUUUUCACAUUUACAUAUAUACAGAUUCACCCCAUUCAAUUUGGACAAUUAUAAAAUUAAGAUUUUUAAUUAGAUAACCUUUUAUUUAACCGAAAGCAUAAGUAAAGUGUAAAUGUUACGGUCAAAAGUCGAAAUCUAGCAAAAUUUGAAUACUAUACUUUAUACUUGGGCAAAAUGUCAUAUUUCGGCCUUGCCCAGACAAACCUAAUAGUGACCAACCUCAUUUACACAAAAUUGUAAUUACAAUUACGCAUCCAUACAUUUCAAUUUUUCACAGUAGUUAAGUACCAUAUUAUUUUUUAAUAUUACACAUAAAUAACAGUUAAAUAAAUAUUAUUGUUCCUGUAUAGUUAAAUAUGAUUAAAUAAGUUUAGAUGAAUAAUAAUAAAAUUGAUUUGGUAUAUAUGUUGACAAAGUUAUUCAAAAUUAAAAAAAUAUAUUAGAAUUAUUAUUAGGUAUCUUGACAUAAUUAUAUAUUCAUUGAUUUGUUGUUUACAUUAUUUGCACCAUCUUGUAGUACACUUAAUUUUGCAAGUUCAAAAAACUAAUCCUUGCCCUCCAAGUUAACUAGUCAAAAUACAUAAUAUGUAAUAAUUUAUGACAUUUUGUCCUAGUACCAUGGACACUUCUUGGUUUGCCCAGUGAUUUCUGAGAUUUGCCCGUAACAUAAAUAUUAUUAACAAUUAUUUAUAACUUAAGUCAAUGAGAUUAUAUACAGGAAUAAGAUUCCAUUCUUUUUAAUUGUCAAUAUAGAAAUUAAAACAAUUUUUUUUUUUUUAACAAUUUGAAAAAUUAAAUCAAACUGCUCAACAUAAUUUUUUGUUAGCAAUGAUUUAUCAUAUACACAUAAUAAAUUAAAUAACUUUUAAUAUCAUAAGUACUUUUCUGUAAAUUGUUUUAAAGGAAAAUUUGUAUUGGUUUGUAAUAGGUAUCUAAUUAAAAAGCGUUUAAAUAUCAAAUGAAAAAUAAUACUUAACAAUUUGUCUUUAUAUUGUAUGUUAUUAAAUUGUACAUUAUAGUUUUUUAUUAACUGUGUCAAAAUUGACAUAAUACCUUUAAUUUAUUAUUUAAAUAUUAACUAGAAACAAAAUAGUGUUGUUAGAACCCACAAUGCAUUCAAAUGUGUGACACAUAGAUUAUCGUCAAUUGUCAAAUAUUAACUAACUUCCUGGACUGUUAUACGACUAGUGUAUAAUAUUAUUGUGCAAUAAAAACAGUAUUAAUAAAAUGAAUGUACAAUGUGAAAAAUCUGUAUAGAAUGAUGUCUCUACACAUACAUGGUCAAUGAAAAUAAAAAUUAUAUUUAAUAUAAUAUUUUAAAUAGAAACAAUAAAAGUUCAAUGGUUUUGUAAGUGGAAUGGAAAAAGAAAAAAUAUCCUUUAUUUAUAAGAAAUAUAUUUUAGAAUAUUUUUUUAAUAAUUUUAAUUUUCUAAUACAUGUCUAUUUAUUUUAGAUGGUUUCUGAAAUUGCUGUUUAAUGAUUUUAUGCCAUGUCAUUGAAGUUCAGUUUUACUUUUGAAGAAUUUGUUUUACCUUUUUGUUUGUUAUAAUUAUUUUGUUUUAUUUCUUAAUCAAGAAUUAGUUAAAUAAAAUUAUUACAUUAUAAUAAUAUUUGUUGCAAGUAUACCAAAAAUUUAAUUAAAUAAAUACAUUUUUUUUUUUUACAUAAUAAUAUAUGGAUAUUAGAGUAUAUUAAAAUAUUAUUCUAAAAUUAUUUCAAAAUGGCAAGCUUUAAAAUAAUAUUUGUUUAAAAUUAAUAUUAAC